AUGGAUGAGCGACAGAAGGAGUACCAGAAGGAACCGCACGUCCGCCAGCGGGAGAGCGAACGCCACAGGACGCGCCGUGCCCUCCACGCCGCUCAGUCUGAUGACGCUUUUGCCUUGCUGGACCGCCAUCACGACGAAUCCGGCUACAAGGUCUCCAGGAACUCUUGGCGCCUCCGCGCCGCGUCCGAAGCUGCCCCCCCUGCAGACCACCUGAAGCAACGGAUCGCAGAUGACGUGGUCCGGUACUGCUCUGUCACGGAGGCCGACGAGCGCAGGAUGCGGGACUCGCGGCCGCAGGGACCCCAGCACCCCGCCGAGGAGAAGUGCUCUUUAGAGUCUCUUCCACAUGAUCACUGGAUCCGGUACUCCGACGCCGACAUGCAAGCGCUGAACGACAUGCCCGCGGUCGACAUGGCCAAUGCGGACGGCGCGUCCCGCGUCGUCCAUACAGCGUUGCUGAGGAGCUACUGGCGGGACCCUCGAGGCAACCAUUUCCACGUCCACCCAGAGUUGGUCAACGUUGACGGUCAGGGCCCACACUUCGUGUUCCUGCGCCCUGUGUGCCAUCGAGCGGCCGUCAACAAAGGUGCUUCCCCGCCGCCCUUCGCAAUUGCAGCAGGCGUUGACUUUGGACUAUUGUGUCGGCUGGGCCUGGACGCUCCUUCCGAGCUUGAGGCUCUUGCUCUGGCUGACGUUCGCGCGUGCAGUCUUGUGGCGAAGGUACACGUGCCGCAGCGACGCGCCACGGUGGCGCCCCGCACGGUGCUCCGGGGACACAUGAUAUCUUUCCUCCAGGACGGGCCGGCCGCAUUGGGCAAACACUUCGACGAAGCUCGUUUGGCAAACAUCUUGGCGAAUGUGCAGCUGUUGUUCGUUGGCCCCGACGGGAAGACUACGGGCCUGGAGCGUCGGGCACUCUCUGCGCCGGCAAUGCAAACGCGCCCUCACGUCUUGUACAACCACCUCGCGCUGCGACAAGCUCUCGAGCACGUCUCCGACAUGGCAUUGCCUUCAGUCGACGAGCUUGGACGCCUGCUCGCGUCGCUGCACGACCGGCUGGCCGCGCAGGCUCGCUGCGUAGUCGACGACGCCGUGGAACAAGCCAGUCUACCAUCUGACGUGGCAAACGUCAGAGAUGUGGCUAUGCGCGACGACCUUCAGGCCAUGCACUUCUCCACGUCUGCAGGUGGGGAUCCGGCGCCGCCUGUCGCCCUUGACCCCGUGGGCGUGAUCGCGCGCACCACCGCUAUGAAGUCUUCGAACGGCGCCACUGCCUCGCUGCGGGAGCGCCCCUGCGCGCGGGAGUUGCGGCCCAUGAACGAGUUCACGAACAACGGCGACAUCCUGUACGGGGCAUUCUGGCACCUAUUCCCACUGCGCCAGGGCCUCCGCUCCAAAGGUUCGGUGGGCGCCCACGACUCCCGCCACCUGCUCACGCAAUUCCACAACAGCUUCGCGCAGCAGCCAAGUUUACUCUUCUUGCUUGCCAACCAAGUCCAAAGACACGCUGCCGCGAAGGGGGUCGGCGUCCGCGUGAAGACUGAUCCGGACAGUUUCCAGACGUUCGCGAACAUGAUGGCCGACAAGGACGCGCACCUCGAGCGCUUGCGCGUUGCCAAGGAGGACCCCGCGAGCAAGAGCGCCAGAGACUUGUUGAAGCAAGUCUUGCGGUUCACGGCAUCCGCGGGCAAGGGGGUCAUCGGCGGAGGUGUUGACGGCGGCGUCAGCGUAGAUGCCCCUUGCAAGGCGAUCCAGCUGAGCUACCGCGCUGGAAAGGCCGACGUCUUCCCUUCGAGUCCGGACGCUCUACUACCCGUGCUUCGCGGAGAGGCGCCUGAGGACGCCGUGCAGAGACUUUGCGAGGAGUCCCUGGCAUGCUCGCCUGACGCAACGUACAAGUUCGACCUGGACGAGGCCUUCCUGCAGACACUUGCGACCAUGAACCCGGUGGCCACCACCCUCGUCUACGAGCAGAUGUCUGAAGCCAUUUUCACGGAGCUCGUGGCCCUACCGCCGAACCACCGCAGGAAAAAGAGCGUCGGCGCGGAGGACGCCCCAAAAGGCUUCCUGGGGACGCCGUUCGGAUGGAGCUUCGUCCACGAAACCAACCAGCGAAAGUCUUUCCAUUUCCACGCCUCCGUUCACGCGGGCGCCACCCCGGAGCUCUUGGCCGACGUCGCGGGCUUCCCAGCGCUGGAGACUGUGGUGUGCCAGGCGUUGGAUACCGUGUACCGCGCCUACGUUUCCCCGGAGAUCCACGCCCUGGACCUCUCUCGCCGUCUGCUCCGCGUCCCCGCCGCGAAGCUGCCGUAUUUCCAAACGCGCCAGGUGCUCAGCGAUGCUGACAGCCUUUCCUUCGACAUCGGCGCUGCCAUCACAGCCGCCACCACCGGCUUCCACCAGCACGCCAGCACGUGCCACAAGGGGGCAUCAGGAAAAGAUGGAUGCAGGAUGGCCCGGCCCGCAGGACACCCAGUGCCCGAGACGCGCGCGCUCGCCGGCGAGCUUGCCAACCCCGAUGCAGACGACCCUGGUGCCGACCAGGCCAUGGCUACUCCAGGCGGGCGCGUGCAAUGGGCGUGCGCCGACUGCCGAGCGCCGUCCCGAUUCUGGACUCGACGUGCAGCGCCGCGGCACGACAGCGGCGCUGCCGCCUGUUUGUCUUACGAGCUCUGCAGACCACGCAUCGCUCCGGACAGCACCUCGUUCCCGACUCUUCAGCAUGUCAUGGGCCUCUCUGAGGCUGACGCUGAGGCCAUGGCCGGCUCCGAGGCGCUCCGCUUAGUCGGCUCCGUCAGGGACGAGCUGCGUUACCUCUUGGAGCGGCGCGAACUCCCUCCCGCUCUUGGCGAUCGCAUGCGCGAUUGCUCCAACGAGGAGGCCCUCAAAUUGAUCCGGGCUUGGCGCGGCAUGUCGUGCCGGAACGCAUGGUUGGUUGAAUACUGCCCCGUCCUCUCUGGGUCUUUGGGCUCCAACACAGCGCCGCUGCUCCUGGGCGCUGGGGACUCUGCGAAGGCCGCGGGCAUGUACAUGUGCAAGUACAUGGUCAAGGACGCGUGCGAGUUGGCUGCCUCCCUGUCCGUCCUCGCAGACGCUCGCGACCACAUCGAUCGCUACUCUUCCAGCGCCAUCGACGGUGACACGGGCGACAGAGCAGCGAAGCACUUCUUGCAGCGCGUGCUCAACUCGGCUGCCACGGAGCUAGCGCCCGCUCAAGCUGCCGCCAUCGCCAUGGGCGUGUCUUCCAGCGGGCACUCUCACAGCUUCGUGAACUCGUACGUUUGGGACGCGGUGCACCUGCUGCAAGAGCUCCAGCGCGGCGGUGCCUUGCUGUCUACAGCCUCCGCCUCCCCGGCGGCCGGCAAGGCCUCCUCGGCGACUCCCGCGUCGGAGUGCGGCUCAACGGGAGAUGCCGCCCACGGGGGCCCCCCGGACGUGGUCGACGCGGCGGAGCACGUGGACGCACCUGUCCGCCAGGGCACUUGCAGCAUCUACAAGACGACCAACGGCGAGUCCAUCGCAGUCUCACAAGCAGAGCACUAUGCUUACCGAUCCUUGCAGCUGUUGCCUCUGACCUUUGACGAGUUCGUCAUGUCCAUGCAGGUGGCGAAGAUGUCCAGGGCAGACGAGCGAAGCCAGAAGCCUGGCAGACGCCCGAAUGCUACCUGCGAGCUCCUGGAGCCCCACCCGUUGGCGGCUGAGUACGAAAUCAAAGCCAAGGCCAAAUUUGACGUUCCCAUUUUUGUUGGGCAGCCACCGCCGCGGCUCCCUCCUGUACUGGACCAUGCCAGGGGGAAGCAGACGAUGGCGCGGCAGCGCAAGGAGCGUCUGCACGCAGAUUACUUCAUGGCCGUGUUCUCCCCAUGGCAUGCGAGCACCGCGUCUGGAGUAGACAUCGCGCCCGCAGGUUGGCAGGCUUUCCUUGGCCGCUUGGACUCCGAUGCCGCGGGGGCCCCGCCCGCUUCCACGCGAAUGCGCCGGAAGACCCCUGCCCAGGAGGACGUCCACACUCGCAUCGCCCAGGGGCGCCUGUUUCGAAUAGAGCAGGUUUCCCAGGCACUCGCCUCGAGCACAAGUCAGGCAAAGACUAUGAACGCCUGGCGAUGUCGCAACCGGACGCUAUGGAGAGACGACCACCUCAGCGCUGCUGCAGAUGACCCCGCCGCUGGGCCAGACGCGACGUCCAGGAAGGCAGCGGAUGACAUUGCAGAUAUCAAGGCCCGGGCCGCCCGCAGGGCUGACGCUCGAUGUAUCAAUCGCGCCGCGCAGGCAGAGUCGUGGGGCGACGACAACUUUGCCUCUCUACGGCGACUUUCUCAGGCGGCUUCCUCGAGCACGACCUCGCCCACUUGGCCUGCUGACGCCCCGUCGCCGACGGGCCGCGCGACCAUGGGAUUCCAGGAGGACGGGGGCCGCAUGGCCGCGGUGCUGCAGACGAUUGCCAAUCCUCGCUCUCAGGACAUGGCGGCGCUCCCGUCCCCGCGAGAGGCCGCGAACCGCCUUGUCGCUGACGGCGGGUCCGUCCCGCCGGCUUUCGCAGACAUCACUCAGCAGGAGUUUGCGGUGGAGGUGGCCGAAUGGAAGCGACAGUGCGGCGUGCUCCUCGCAGGGGCGCCAAGGCCGCCCCCUCCUCUGAACCCCCCGCAGCGCCAGUUCGCCAGGGACCACCUGUCCGUGCAGCAGCACUUGGCGCAGGCGCGGGCGGCCAACCAACCGCGCGCCAACGCUGCGGAGAGUUUGGCGGCUGCGGGCUUGUCCCAGAUACAUUUGCCCCAGGGCGCUGGCGGCGUCGGCAAAAGCGUCCUCUUGGAGGCUCUGAAGACCACUAUCGCAGAGCGGAGGCUGGGCGUCAUGGUCGUCACGGCAUGGACGGGCGUCGCGUCUGCGCCCUUCGGGCCCCCCACGCUGUGUUCUCUCUUGAAGAUCGAUUUCGCGAACAUGGCCGGCGCGGCGCGCAUGACGGACGAUGCGCUGCAGGCUCUCCGAGCGGACUUCACUCAAGCUGUCUGCCGCCCGCGGGACUUGCUGGUUCUCGUCAUCGAUGAGUGUUCCUUCCUGGUCGCCCAGGCCCUCAGCCUCGUCGACACGCAGCUAAGACGCCUCCUGGGCGAACCUGACGCUCCGUUCGGCGGGAUUGCCAUCAUUCUGACUGGCGAUUUCUGGCAGAAGCCGCCGCCUGGUGGCGUCUCCAUGGCCGAGCAGCUCGCCGCGACGGAGGUGCCCGAACUGAUGCGAGGGACUGGGCCGCUCGACCCGACCAGCACGACGGCCAAGGGGUUGGAGUUCUUCCGACAGACAAACCCGGCUCGGGCUUCUGCCACCAUUGCGGUCCUGUCCAACUUCGAGCGGCGCAAACUGAAUCGCUUGCAGGUGGAGGCGUUUGCGAGGGCGUUCCAGCUACCCCUUUUGACCUGGAAGCUCCCUCUGACUGGCAAGGCAGCCGAACUCCUUGACGGCGCGGACCUCGACGAGCUCUACGAGAACGAGCCAGGGCUAUGGGGCGUCAAUGUCCAACUCGUGCUUCCAGACGGCGACGAUGGCGCAGGAAUCGAGAGCCUCGUUGACGAUGCCGUGGUGGUGCCUAUUCUCUGCAGCAGGCACAUGCAAGGGCAUGACAUGACGUCUUUGUUCUCAUGCCUGAAGGCCAUGCCCAAAUCUGUCCGCUACCGCGGCCACGCGAUCACGCUUGCCUUCGCCGUCACGGACUAUAAGCUGCAGGGGAAGACCAAGGACGAGCUCAUCCUUAGCAUUGCGCCGCGGCCUUUUCCGCCUCAUCUGGACUUGAAAGGGUUCUACGUCGACGUUUCCCGCGUGCGCAAGCGCAGUGGCCUGCGAGUUCUCCGGCUACCGCCGAAGAAGAUGGGCGGCCUCAAGCAUUUGUACGGAUUGCAGCACACGCGUGAUCUUACCGCCUGGAACGCAGGAUAUGACGCGAGCGGGGAGUGGUGUCGGCGCCUGGCCCGCGCAUCGCUCAAGAAACGCCCCGUGGCAUCUUCCCAGAAAGUGAAGCCAGUGGCAAAGCAGUAG